AUGCACGACCUUGUGGAUGCCACCUCCGUCCUCGCCGAGACAUACGAUGACAUAUUUGAUAUCAAAUUCUCGCCGACAAUGUUCUCCAUAAUGGCCGCUACGACACCCUCCUCGCGUUGCAUUAUAGCACUCCAAUUAUCUCCUCAAUUCUUCAAUGCAUAUUUGUGCCACCAACUUCAUUACAAAUUCAUUUACAUCGAAAGCUUCUAUGAUUUCAUGCACAAUUUUGAACGCAAAGGUUUUUCUUCAUUAACCUUCACUUUUCCUGAACCAGAUCGUGUGGACUCCAAUGUGGCUCUUCGUGUCAUGUCCGAAGCUUGCAUCAAUGUUUAUUCAUGUACCAUUCCUUGGCGAUUUCUUGCUGCAACUGCGAUACUCAAAUUUUUUGAUGGCUCAAAUGGGCAUUUCGAGGAAGUUGAGUUACCAAUGUUUCCUUCGUCUAAGGUGAUGGAUGUUGGGGCAUUUGAUUUUGGAACAUUUGUGUCAAUUGACUCGCAAGAGUUCAUAAACAUUGUCACAUGUUUUAAUGAUUUUGAUUAUGUUCUUGUUACUUUAACCAAUUCACAAGUCAUAUUCUCUUAUGGAAAGACAAAGAUUAUUCUAACCCAAGAGAGAAGACAAUGCAUUAUUGGAGGUGUUGCAGCAAGUGUUGAAGUUGUUUUUGUAAUCAGUCUCCAACCAAUGACAAUUUUUUGUAAUUUGGCUCGUCGAUUACGAAGGGUGUGGCUAUUCAAGUCGAGUGAUUCAACGAGAGGGGUAAUCGCGGCCCCUUUAGGGUUGUAUGCUCGAUAUUUGGCCUAUUUUUCAGAUAGAAUCGAGACGACAUCGAAAGAUCUAUAG